AUGUCAAAUUCAACAACAACCAAUUCAUUUCAAACUCCACACACGACGAGUACAACGGCUUCCUUAUCUUCAACAAACUCAUCAUCGGGAAGCAACAUUAUCAAAGAAACACAAGAAACACUUGAAAUUGCAUACGAAAUUAAUAACAUUUUAAACGCGGGACUCGAUCGUGAAAGUCUUUCAAUAAUUAUGAAUUUGUGUGAGAUGGGAAUCAAUCCCGAAGCUCUUGCCGCUUGUGUCAAGGAAAUUAAAAACGAAGCAAACAAGCUGAAACAGCUCUAA